AUGCUCGACCAAACCGGCGCUGGACAAAGGAACAAACCUAAGUGGAACGAGAGUCUCGUUGUUGACUUGCCACUGCAUGCAGGCUUCAUCACCGUGGAAGUGAAGUGCAAGAGCUCCUCGGGUAAGUACAAGCUCAUCGGCGGAGCGAUAGUGCCGAUUUCGGACUUCGCUGGGGAAUUUGGCGCACCGGAGGGUCACGUGCAUUUUCUGAGCUAUAGGUUGAGAGAUUCUAGUGGCGUGCGGACGGAUGGCAUCAUCAACAUUUCGGCGAAAAUGGCCAUAGCGGCCCUGGCACAUACGUAUGAGGUUCCGCGACCGGAGAUCGGAGUAUUAGUUGGUGAUCCGAGGAGGAUGAUGGUGGCCGGUGGAUUGGUGACUGGAGUCCCAGUUUGGCACGCCCAGCCUUGUAGAUGUUGA